CAGACCUCUACCCUUUCUGACACACCUGAUCCUCAUCACCCCAACUGCUUGACUGUCACUCGCAAUCCGUCCCAGCGAGCAGUAUGGCAAACUACUGUUUACGAAUGCUCCUCAGAUCGAAGAGCCUGUCCUCCUCGUACCGGAAGAUAUGGUUAACGAGCAGACCGCCCCUACGACCACCGAAAUGGACAAGUACCUUGUCGAGCUACGCCACCAGUGGGCCGUCUUCGCAGCCUACCGCAACACCCGUGCCCCAAUCUCCUAGCUCCCCGACGAAACCCUCUCUAUCAUCAUCUUCUACUACGGGCUCAUGAUCGACUCUCUAUACGACCUUGGCUGGAUGAGCAUACUCUUGCAUGUCUGUCGCCGAUGGAAGAACGUAGCGCUCGCCAACCCCGCCAUAUGGAGUUAUGUAUCGUCACCCGUGAACCGGUUGAUUCCCAUGGGACGGCCGCGGAAGACCGACAAACUCUGCCCUGCUACGGCCGCUCAGCUACGGCGGUCCGGGGCACACCCCCUCAGCUUCAAGCUCACGGACUUCCAGUCUAAGGGUGCAUACGAGGUGUUCAACGCGCUGAUACCCCACCUCGACCGGGUAUGCCACUUUGAAGUCGCCAUAGAGGCGGAUGUACUGGCGGACUUCGUGGCGGGCCUGGGACGGAGCAGGAGGCCAGGGUUGCGGCAUCUGCGACUAGAGUCAAUUUCUCCUACAGCCUACUCAUUACCGGAUGACGCGGGCCAGAAUAUUCUCAUCGACCUACACACCCUGGUUCUCAACAACGUCGCAGCGAACUGGGCAUCGAUACGCAACAUCGUAUGCCUUGACAUCACAAGAGGCGCCAGUCAGGGCCGCCCUUUGGGUGUCUCUGUUCUUGUAGGGCUUUUACAGGCAUGCCCGAUGCUGGAGGACCUCUCGCUCGUCGAAUGCGUGAGCGGCGAUGAUGCCCUCCACGAGUCCGUCGGCCUGCCACAGCUACGGAAAUUGCAUGUGUGCGAUGCUAGCAGUAUCUGCAAGACGGUCGUCGACGUCGUUCAACCGUCCCCGCUCGCCGCCAUCUCCAUCUAUGCCACUGACAUACACCGAGCGGCCAAUAUCAAGUCCCUUCUGGGGAAGUCCCUCCGUGAUUGGGCUCGUGCCUCACCUCCUUUUCGCGCCAUUGAAGUGGCCACGAGGUCCAGCUAUGCGCGCUUCAUCGACGGGUAUGAGACUCUUUUCUUCACCGACAGUGCGACCCUUCAAGGCUCCCGAGAAGCCUUUCGACAGUCGGCGCACUUGCUCUUGCGGACUUAUCCUCGCAACGUUCGCGGACUGCGCAGCGUGACGCGCAAAAUCCUGCGCGCAGUUCCAACCAAAGCCGUCAAUGAUCUUGACUUGCGGUUUUCCGCGCCUUUACCGAAGGGGACAUGCCGCGCACUGCUCGAUGCUUUGCCAGCACUCUGCUCGCUGAAGUUCCCCGCUCGUGGAGUUGCGGAGUCGUUUCUACGAAGGCUUGGGACGCUCGUUCAGUUCGGUAGUCUUCAGGUCAUGACCGGGCCCUACAAGGAGCCACUUGCAGUGCCAGCCUUGGAGCAAAUAACGAUUGACGAAUUGUUGGAUGAAUACCACGAGACAGAAAUCGCGAUCGGGCGGAAGCUGUUGGCAAUGCUGGAGGGGUAUGCAAAGGUGGGAAGGCGUAUUCAGCAGGUUGUCUUCGAGAAUGGCGGGCUUGCGAUGACGCAGGAGAUGCAACUGGUGAGUAGUACUAUUGUUAUCAGCGAUGUCAUCUUCCCGAAUAUGCGUGGCGGAGGAUUGCAGAGCUUUGCGAUGUCCUUAUAAUCUGUCCUAGUCCCUUGAAGACAGCGUCGAACCCGCGGCGUAUGCGAGAGCCAGUCGACUUUUUGCAUAGAUAAUGUUUUGUUGUCUCAGUCCUUGUAUAUGGAGGGUUAUGGGGCACAUAAUCUGAAUGGGCUUUACCUGC